AUGAACGUCGUCAUUGUGGAAUCGCCGGCGAAAGCCAAGACGAUCAACAAAUAUCUUGGCACCGACUAUACGGUCCUGGCCUCUUAUGGUCACGUGCGAGACCUGCCUCCAAAAGACGGCUCGGUGCAGCCAGACGACAAUUUUGCCAUGAGUUGGCAAGUGGACAGCAAAUCCCAGAAACGGCUGACGGAAAUUGCAAAUGCGGUCAAGGAAGCCGAUCGUCUUAUUCUGGCGACCGACCCUGACCGCGAGGGAGAGGCAAUUUCCUGGCACGUUCUGGAGGUGCUGCAGAAAAAACGCGUGCUGAAGGACAAGCAAGUCGAACGCGUUGUGUUCAACGCGAUCACGAAAAAAGCGAUCCUUGAAGCGAUGGACAACCCGCGCCAGCUGGAUACACCGCUGGUAGACGCCUAUCUCGCCCGCCGCGCACUCGAUUAUCUCGUUGGCUUUACCCUGUCUCCCGUGUUGUGGCGCAAAUUGCCAGGUGCGCGAUCCGCAGGCCGGGUCCAGUCGGUCGCGCUGCGCCUGAUUUGCGACCGCGAGAUGGAAAUCGAAGUCUUCAGAGCGCAGGAAUACUGGUCGAUCUUCGCCAACAUGAAGACACCGGCUGGAGAUAUGUUCCAAGCCGGACUUACCGGUUUUGACGGGCGGAAAAUCGGCCGCCAUGACAUCAACAACGAGGCUGAAGCCUCGACCAUAAAGUCGAUGCUGGAAAGCGCCAGCUUUGCCGUCGACAGCGUUGCCUCGAAACCGGCCAGGCGCAAUCCCGCAGCUCCUUUCACAACCUCCACGCUGCAACAGGAAGCGUCCCGUAAACUCGGCUUUGCAGCUUCCCGCACGAUGCAGGUUGCCCAGAAACUUUACGAAGGCAUUUCCAUCGGUGGCGAGACCUCCGGCCUCAUCACCUAUAUGCGUACCGACGGCGUGCAGAUUGCCGGCGAAGCCAUCGCGGCUGCCCGGAGCGUGAUCAGUCAGGACUUCGGCGCAAACUAUGUGCCUGAAAAACCGCGUGUUUACUCUACAAAGGCGAAAAACGCUCAGGAAGCACACGAGGCAAUAAGGCCCACAGAUCUCUCGCGGCGCCCGAAAGACGUGGCCAGGUUCCUGGAUCCCGACCAGGCGAAACUCUACGAGCUGAUCUGGAAGCGGACGAUGGCAUCGCAGAUGGAAUCUGCCGUCCUGGAACGCACCACGAUCGAAAUCCUUGCAAAAGGAGCAGGCAAGAACGCCAAUCUCCGCGCAACCGGUUCCGUUGUGCGGUUUGACGGUUUUCUGGCGCUCUACCAGGAAGGGCGCGACGACGAGGAAGACGAGAACUCCCGGCGGCUCCCGGCUGUCGACGACGGCGCGGCGCUGACCGCGACAUCCAUUGAUGGCAAGUCGGAUGCGAUCGAGGCGUCGCAGCAUUUCACGACACCCCCGCCCCGCUACACGGAAGCGAGCCUGGUGAAAAAGAUGGAAGAACUCGGCAUCGGUCGUCCUUCCACUUAUGCGUCCACCUUGCAGACCCUGCGCGACCGCGACUAUGUCGAGCUGGAGAAGAAACAGCUGGUGCCGCAGGACAAGGGUCGUAUCGUCACCGCGUUUCUUGAGAGUUUCUUCCAGCGCUAUGUCGAAUUCGAUUUCACUGCAAGCCUGGAAGAGAAACUCGACAAGAUAUCUGCCGGGGAACUUUCCUGGCAGGAUGUCCUGCGCGAUUUCUGGACGAACUUUUCGGGUGCUGUCGACGAGAUCAAGGACCUCCGCGUUUCCGAAGUGAUCGAUGCCCUCAACGAAUUGCUCGGUCCGCACAUCUUUCCUCCGAAGGAAGACGGCACGGACCCGCGCAAAUGCCCGACUUGCGACACGGGCCAGCUUUCAUUGAAAGUCAGCCGCUGGGGCGCAUUCAUCGGCUGUUCCAACUAUCCGGAGUGCGGCUUCACCCGCCAACUCGGAAAACCCAAUGGCGAGGAUGGUGACGCCGACGAAGGUCCCAAGGUACUUGGCGUCGACCCGGAAAGCGGACUGGAUGUCUCUCUGAGGAAAGGGCGCUUCGGCCCCUAUGUUCAGCUCGGCGAAGAGGCUAAACCCAAAAGAGCCUCGCUGCCCAAGGGCUGGUCGGCGCCGGACAUGGACCUGGACAAGGCGCUUCAACUGCUGUCGCUGCCGCGUGAAGUCGGAUUGCACCCUGAAGACGGCAAGAUGAUUUCCGCCGGGAUCGGUCGCUAUGGCCCCUUUGUGCUGCACGAGGGAACCUAUGCCAAUUUGACGACACCCGAUGAAGUCUUUUCGGUCGGUAUCAACCGUGCCGUGGAUGCGCUGGCUGAAAAACGCGCAAAGGGUGGAGGACGCCGUGGCGCUGCAGCCACGCCGCUGAAGGAACUCGGGGAACACCCUGACGAAGGCGGGCCUGUGAAUGUUUUUGACGGACGCUACGGUCCUUACGUGAAACACGGCAAGAUCAAUGCGACCUUGCCAAAGGACACGGAUCCGAAGGCCAUCACCCUGGAACAGGCGCUCGAACUGGUUGCCGCAAAGGCGGCAAAGGGCGGCGCUAAGAAAAAGUCUGCCGCCAAGAAGUCCAGCCCGAAGAAGACCAAGACGGCGAAUGGUGAAUCCAAACCGACUGCCGGGAAGGCGGCGGCGAAAAAGACGAGCGCCAAAUCCACAAAGGAAGUGGCUGUCGAUGCAUCGUCGGAUGAAGUGCCGUGGGAUGAUGCGUCUUGA